AUGAGCACCAGCUCCACCGGCCUUCCACCUUCGAAUCUCGAAAGCACUGUUUCGGGCACCCCGUUGAAUCGAGACAGCUAUACCCCGACCAACCCACCCGACACUGUGACCAGAGACAAUGACACAGGACAGAUCAGAGCAGGACAGCCUUUCACGAGCACGACAGGUGAUGAUGUUGGUGAGCGGUACGGUACAGGGCAUAUUGGCUCUAGGCCGACUACAUUGCCCGAAGGACACCAAGGGCACCGGGAACGGGCCUAUCUGGGACAGUCUGGGUUCAUGGCCAUGUUCGACCAUCCAUCCCGAGAAGAACCUGAUCAGGGCAUCAGCCCGUUGAUGACACCGAGCCAUCCAAUGCCUGAAUUGCCUCUAAUUCUGCGACAGAGUUAUGCCGAGACGUUUGUGGAAUUCUGCUACCCGUGGUGUCCCGUCAUACACCGGGAGGACCUUCUUGACGACCGCUCCCCCUUUGCACGGUCCCAGCUGCUGCAACAAGCCAUAGGACUCUUAGGCACGACAAUCAAUCCCCCAAGACUUUCCCACCAAGCCCGUCGUGUACACUACGAGAGGUUCAAAGUUCUGUUUCAUGGCAGCAUGGAGCGAAACCCGUUGGUGAGAAUCGUCUCAAUCAUCCUCAUCUAUUGGUGGAGCGCUGGCCCCCCUAGUGUGGUCAGUAUGGAUAGCCAAUACUGGUGGACAUCCAUUGCGAUCCGGCUCGCCCAGGAGAUUGGUCUCCAUCGACGCCCGUGCAUCAUCCACCCCGAGGACACCAACGUCAAACUUCCGAGCCUGGAUGAGUUUCCCCGUGACCGACGGGACCAGGCCGAGAUCUUCAUCUCCUGGGUCCAGGUCUGCGAGAUCAUCGGGGACUUGUCCAAGCACCUGCGCAAUCGAAGCGAUGCAACCGGAUCUACUUUUGAGCUCGCACAGAGGCUUAUCAAAUGGGCCAAUGCACUGCCACAGCGCUUGUGGUUGCCAUUCAGCACCGCGACGACCUCCCACUUCGACCGCCAUGUCCACCAGCUCCACCUGCCGUAUCUGUCCGCCAUCACCCUCCUCUACAUGAGUGCCUCGACGCAGCCGCUGCCCAAGGCAUACGGCGCGGCCGUCCUUUCAGCUUCGUGCGUCGCGCGCAUCUUCGAAGACCUCUUGGCUCGGGGAUCGGUUGCAUUCCUUCCCGGCGUGGCGGGCUGGUACAUCAGCAUCGCCAUCCUUGCCCUCCUGCAUGCGCGCCGGAUCGAAUCCUUGAAGGCCGCCGCCAACGCGCAAAUCGACAUUCUCUUCCUUGCGCUGAGGGAGAUGUCCCAUCUCUGGCACUCGUCACGGAUGUUCUUGUUGGGCUUUGAGAAGCUGCUCAGCGGCCUCAACCCUGACACGUCAUCUGCCUCGCCCCAGGUGGCGGGCGGCGGCAAUCCACCUCAGGCGCUCGACUUGAACGAGUUGGAUAUCGCGGAUGGCAUCGAUUACCACGACUUCUUCCCCAGCGCCACACCCGAGACGACCCAGCUAUUCUCGGUUCUCUUUACCCAUCACCCACCCUCGAUCUUCGUCGAGGCCGAAUGGACCAACGACCUCAGCCUGCAACUCCAAACCAUGUUUGGUCAUCCGUACGACGAGCUGGAUCUCGGACUUGCUGUGAAUGACAUUUGA